AUGCCGUUCACAAAUUCAUCCAUAGCAGCCUUGUUGACCGCCUGGCUGGCUAUAGGCACGGUCGCUGUUUCUAGUUGUGGCAUCUCGGUCGACGCGAGCCUGUCAGUGUCGACAACAAGCGGCGACUUGACCGGAACCAUCAACGCCACCUCCCCAAAUGUGCGGCAGUUUCUAGGCAUCCCGUACGCCGAGCCCCUGGUGGGAGCCCUGCGCUUUCAACCGCCCGUCCGAUACACAUCGGACGAGGCCAUCAACGCCACCGCUUUUGCCCCGUCGUGUCUGCAGACCAUCUCGACAGGCUCUUCCGGUAGUGUCUAUGAUUUGCUUCCCGAGCUCCUGCUUGGAAGUCCAGUCAUAAGCGAAGACUGCCUCUAUGCCAAUGUCUAUGCGCCACUGCACCCGGUUGCCGAUAAACUUCCCGUCUUUGUCUGGAUCCACGGCGGCGGAUUCUCGGCCAAUGGUGCCAAUGUCCCGUAUCAGAUCCCGGAUCAGUGGAUUGAGAGUACACAGGGACACAUCGUGGUUACAUUGAACUACCGCCUAAACUUUUUCGGCUUCCCCAAUGCGGCGGCCCAGCCACUAAAUGUAGGACUGUUGGAUCAGAGACUGGUUGUCGAAUGGACACGCGACAACAUUGCCAACUUUGGCGGUGACCCGGACCGCAUAGUCCUCUGGGGCCAAUCGGCCGGCGCCUGGUCUGUCAACUACUACGGCUACGCCUAUCCCGAGGAUCCCAUUGUGGGCGGGCUCAUUGCCGACUCGGGCGGUUCCACCGUCUUCACCACGGACCCCUCGCACUCCAACUUUACAUCGGUAGCCGCAGCGGCCGGAUGCGGUAACGAGAGUGAUGCCGAGGCCGAGCUGGUCUGUAUGCAAGGUCUCGACGCGGCGACUCUGCAGGCCGUGUACGCCAACACCACGGGCGUCAGCUUCGGGCCCGGUGUGGACAACCAGACCGUCUUUGCCAAUAACACGGAGAGGGCGGCCGCGGGACUCGUGGCCCAGAUCCCGGCCAUUAUUGGCACCAACUCUCGCGAGGGCAGCGGGUUUGUGGCGUUGCCUGCGAAUGGCACGGCCCCUAGCGAGGCAGACAUUCUUGCGGGAACGACGAUUAUCGCUUGUCCGACUGUUCAAGAGAUCCAGAAUCGACUGUUAGGCGGUCUCACGACGCACCGUUAUGAAUACACGGGCAAUUUCUCAAAUAUUUCGCCGCUGCCCUGGAUCGGCGCUAUUCACAGUGGUGAACUGCCGCUCAUCUUUGGAACACACUUUCAAUACAAUGGUAACUCGACCGAGUUUGAGUGGCAAGUCAGCUACGCAAUGGAAGGUCUCUGGCUUUCGUUUGCAGAGGAUACGUCCUCUGACCCGACAUAUGAGUCGUUCACCUGGCCAGAGUACGAGGCGACUACGGAGUCCAUGGUUGUAUUUGCCAGGGACAACUUGACGACCCAGCUUGAUUACGGAAGUACUGUGGAUCAGAUCUGCAGCUAA